ACAUUAUCUGUGGUAAAUGCAACACAAAUACAAGUGCGAGUGUUACUCGAUUGGCGUAAGAAUUUUAUUGUAACAAAUAGUUUUAUUGUGCGAAGUUUAUUAAUUUUAGUCAAGGACAUGGAAGACGAAUUAGAGGACAGAGUUUUACACCAAACAUAUUUGUCUUUCAUGAAAAUUUUUUCAAGAUUUAGCAGCAGUGUUGCGUUUGAUACUCCGGUGAGCUAUUUAUGGAAGAUGGUGCGUCUGUAUUUACUUCGAUCAGAGUUUGUCGUGUUCACGUUAGGCAUAAUUAUAUUCUUCAUGUAUCUACAAACAAUUGAAUUAUGGAGUCGAACAUUACUCAGCAGAUUGUCUCAAGCUAUGAGUCCACUGAGUGCUGUUCAACGUAUGAAACUUAUGGAGGGUUCAGAUUCAGAUAAACAGAGCUGGGAAUUAAAAGGUUCAGUGAGUGCAGCUUACGCAAUCAAAGGCCGGCGAAUGCAUAUGGAAGAUAAGUUUAUUAUUAAUGAAAACAUAAAUAAUACUGGUAUUUCCUUGUUUGCAAUUUUCGAUGGACACGGUGGUGAAUUUGCCGCCAAUUAUGCAAAAGAACACCUGAUUCAGAAUCUGUACAACAAAGUAGUUGAACUAAAUGCAUUUAAGGAUGGUAAAGUGAUCACGCCAUCUCCAUUGAAUAGUCCUGAAGAACCAAAGAUAGAACAAGACAGUAAUGUUGAAAGGAAGACAAGUUUCAAGAAGUCCAUUAGUGCUGCUGAUGAUACAUCUAGAAAGGAAAUAACAGACCCAGAGUUAUUGGCUCAGCUAUCAAAAGCCAGACCCAUUACAAGAGAAGUAAGAGCGAGCCCAAAGCCAAUUAAACAUUUUGUUGUACCAUUAGCGAGUUAUUUGGAAAAAGGAAAGAUAAACUUUGGCAAGUUAUUGACAGACGAAGUUUUAGCAGCUGACAGACUUCUUGUAGAAGCAGCUAAGAGGUCUUUUAAUGUGGCGGGCACUACAGCCUUGAUAGCAGUAUUAGAAGAUAACCAGCUGAUUGUGGCCAAUGUUGGUGACUCCAGAGGUGUUAUGUGUGAUUCCAAAGGAAAUGCUAUUCCUGUAUCAUUUGACCAUAAACCACAACAGGUAAGGGAACAAAAGAGGAUUGAAGCUGCAGGAGGUUAUAUUGCAUUUAAUGGUGUGUGGAGAGUGGCUGGUAUCCUUGCAACAUCCCGUGCAAUGGGUGACUACCCUCUAAAAGAUAAAAAAUUCGUCAUAGCGGAUCCAGACAUACUUACAUUUAAUCUAGACGACCACAAACCAAUGUUUCUAGUUCUUGCCUCCGACGGACUCUGGGACACUUUUACUAAUGAAGAGGCAAUCAAAUUUAUUAAGGAAAGAAUUGAUGAGCCAGACUUUGGCGCCAAAAGUUUGACCCUACAAGCAUAUUACAGAGGGUCUGUAGACAACAUUACUGUUCUUAUCAUAAAUUUUUUACAAAAUAAGAUUUCCACAUCAAAUAUUUCAUAGUGAAAUUGAUUGAAAUAUGAAGGCAUAUAUAUAAAACCUAUAGAUACUUAAUCUUGACUACAAAAGUGAGGCGAAAAAAGGUGUGUAGAGACCUGUAUUGGGGUAUUUUCAGU